AUGUGGCUUGCUGCUCGGGCGCGCUGCUCAUCAUCAUCAGAAACGAAACCCCUUGGUGCAGAAUCUGCCAAGCAGCCGAGCAGUGAAGAAGAGCCUGAAGUUGACUCAGAGCAGUUACGUAUCGAUUUGAGAAUGAGUAGUUCAGAGGAGGUGUCAUGGAUCACAUGGUUUUGUGGUUUACGUGGCAACGAAUUCUUCUGCGAAGUGGAUGAGGAGUAUAUUCAAGACCGAUUCAACCUAACGGGGUUGAAUGAACAAGUUCCUCAUUAUCGUCAAGCACUUGAUAUGAUCCUCGACUUGGAACCAGAUGAUGACUUUGAAGACAACCCGAAUCAGUCUGACUUAGUGGAACAAGCGGCUGAAAUGCUGUACGGCUUGAUCCAUGCGCGUUAUAUUCUCACUAAUCGUGGCAUUCAACAAAUGAUAGACAAAUGGCAUGAUCAUGACUUUGGUUUAUGUCCACGUGUUUAUUGUGAAAACCAACCUAUGCUCCCAAUUGGUUUGUCGGAUGUUCCUGGUGAAUCAAUGGUGAAGUUGUAUUGUCCACGUUGUUGUGACGUUUAUUUGCCGAAAUCAUCCAAACACCAAAAUACUGAUGGUUCAUAUUUCGGUACUGGUUUUCCACAUAUGCUCUUUUUUGUGCGCCCAGAGGAAAGACCGAAACGACCGGCAACCAGUUUCGUGCCGAGGUUGUACGGAUUUAAAAUUCAUCCUUUGGCUUAUGGUCUACAAUAUCAACAGUCACAAGGUGCAAUAACACUGUCGAGCAGCGCAUCACCUUCAGUACAAGCGGCUGUCGGUGCUGGUGUUUUCGGCAAUAAGUGA